ACCCAUCGCAUUUAUCCACAAGUCAAGACCUAGACGCUCAUCAAAUACAGACUCUAACCCAAUUUGACAAUGUCACUGGCACCACCCUACACAGCCGAGACGGCAAAUGCCAAGGUCAAGAAAGCCCAAGACUUGUGGAAUACGCAAAACCCUGCCAACGUCUGCAAAGCUUACACCGAAGACUCCGUCUGGCGUAACCGUUCCACCUUCCUCAAAGGCCACGACCAAAUCACCGACUUUUUGACCAAGAAGUGGGAGAAGGAAAAGAAUUACCGCCUCCGAAAGGAAUUGUUCGCAUUCACCGACAACAAAAUCGCAGUGCAAUUCUGGUACGAAUACCAAGAUGCGCAUGAUGGUAUGAAGUGGAAGCGCUGUUACGGACUCGAAGACUGGACGUUUGCGGCGGACGGGCGCAUGUGUAAGCGGCAGAUGAGUGGGAAUGACGUCGAGCUCAAGGAGGGCGAACGCUGGUUCGCAGGCGAUGUGGACGUGAAUGCGGUCCAAAUUGGUGAGGAGCAUUGGUGAUUGCUCGGUCGACGUUGGAUGCAGCGGCACUCUGAGAUAACACUCUGAGUUCGGAUAAUCGUGGAUGUAGUCUUGAAUUGACUCCUGAACGCCGGCUAUGCAGGGGUAUCUCAUAAAGUGCCUGUCGAACCUCCCUAUGAGAGGUUGUCUACCAUAGAAGGCUUCAUCUACGCAGGGGGCGUGUCAUGUACGACGACAAGUAGGAACUUGGCAUCAGGUACAAUGACCAGCUCGUUCUUCUUGGUCCUCAAUCUGAGAAGCUUGACCUCAUCCUCAUCCUCCAAGUUCUUAGCCAG